AAGGGGCGGGGCCAGUGCGUCUGGCACUGACGUGGGAAACGAGCUGAAGCUGCGUAAAAAAACUUUGCGGAAGUCAACGCUGGGGACCAAAAAUGUCUUGCCAAAGUGAAAACUCCAGCUUUUUCCUCCACUCGACUCUGGCAAAGAGAUAUUUUAAAACUCGUGAACCUACUUUGAACCGGUUCCCAAGUCAAAAAGAAAACCGAAUUUAAAGGCUUAGAUCACGCGAGAGCAGAGAAGUAGGGGCGAAGGUUGUAAAGCUGAGGGAAGGUUAAAGGACCAAUCGCGGCGAGCAGGAGGUGGGAACAGAGACGUUAAAGGUCAGACGGAAGCGCUUCAAACUUCCGGUCGUCGCUUACUUUGGGAGCUAUGGCUAAACACCAUCCAGAUUUGAUCUUUUGCCGCAAACAAGCUGGAGUAGCCAUCGGAAGACUGUGUGAAAAAUGUGAUGGCAAGUGUGUUAUCUGUGAUUCCUACGUGCGGCCUUGCACAUUGGUGCGCAUAUGUGAUGAGUGUAACUAUGGUUCUUACCAGGGCCGCUGUGUGAUCUGCGGAGGCCCAGGAGUCUCUGAUGCCUAUUACUGUAAGGAAUGUACUAUCCAGGAGAAGGAUGAAGCCAUUUGGUGGUACUGGACCCUGAACCUGGCUCCCACCACACCAGGCUUCACAGAGAGAUGGUUGCCCAAAGAUUGUCAACUUGGGGAGUUCCAAGACAGAUCUAUUUUAUGAACGCAAAAAAUAUGGUUUCAAGAAGAGGUAAAGGAAAGGUUGGGCUGCCUCAUCAAGCUGCUGCAUCUGCCUCAAAAACACCUGCAGCCAGUGGAGAGGCGGUGGACUCGGAGCAUCACCUGCAGCGCCUGUGUCAAGCACUGGCACCUUUCCACCCUUUCCUCUCACCCAGACACGUGCUAGCAAUGGAAAAAGGAUUCUUGACACAGCACUCCGGCAGACCAUAUCAGAAAAAAAAGUGAUGAUUACUUCACAGUUUCCCUUGAAUUCAGAAAAAGACAGUUUUUUCAUAUUAAUGUUUUCUCUAUAUACCAAAAGCUUCCAAAACAGGAAUAACAUCAAGUUUCUGUUUUCUGUUUGAAGAGUUAACUAUGAAGUUCCUACCCACAUUGAGAAAAAGCAAGAGCUUCAAACGGGUGGUAACUGUCCUGGUCAAACAUCUGCAGUGUGGUAGGAAGGUCUCAGAACAACAAAUGUAGGUGAUUUAUCCUUGCCAGGUAGUGCUGGUCCAUGUUAUUUUCCUUCUAAGCAAUUGGAAACCUUUUUCUGUUGCUCUUUUAUUAAUAAAGUGGGUGUGUAUUUUCUGGUA